AUGCAGAACUCAAGAACACAAGAACACAAGAACACACGAACACACGAACACACGAACACACGAACACACGAACACACGAACACAAGAACACAAGAACACAAGAACACAAGAACACAAGAACACAAGAACACAAGAACACACGAACACAAGAACACAAGAACACAAGAACACAAGAACACAAGAACACAAGAACACAAGAACACAAGAACACAAGAACACAAGAACACAAGAACACAAGAACACAAGAACACAAGAACACAAGAACACAAGAACACAAGAACACAAGAACACAAGAACACAAGAACACAAGAACACAAGAACACAAGAACACAAGAACACAAGAACACAAGAACACAAGAACACAAGAACACAAGAACACAAGAACACAAGAACACAAGAACACAAGAACACAAGAACACAAGAACACAAGAACACAAGAACACAAGAACACAAGAACACAAGAACACAAGAACACAAGAACACAAGAACACAAGAACACAAGAACACAAGAACACAAGAACACAAGAACACAAGAACACAAGAACACAAGAACACAAGAACACAAGAACACAAGAACACAAGAACACAAGAACACAAGAACACAAGAACACAAGUACACAACAACCGCAGGUGAGAGCUUUGAAGUGA